AUGACUAGAUCUAAUCCAGGCAUACUACAUUCAUUUGACCCUGAGAUAGAGAGGACGAGAUUGAAGCUUUUGAAAUUGAGGAAAGAGCACAACACUACUCAUAGUCAGUUUACUUCACAAACAAGCAACAUGGCAAACAACCAAGAGAGAACCUUGAAGGAGCUUGCUGCCCCUGAUGUUGGACAUCAACCUUUAUGCAUUCAGAUACCACAAUUACAGGAGGGAGUAGCAAGUUAUGAAUUGAAGUAUGGUCUUAUUCAUUUACUUCCUAAAUUUCAUGGUCUUGCAGGAGAAGAUCCACACAAACAUUUGAUGGAAUUCCAUGUGGUGUGUUCUACCAUGCGACCAGUGGAUGUGCUAGAGGACUUCGUCAAGAUGAAGGCAUUUCCAUUUUCAUUAUGUGACAUAGCCAAGGACUGGUUGUACCUGCAGCCAACACCAAUCUGUACAUGGAGCGACAUGAAGAGGCGAUUUUUAGAAAAACUCUUCCCUGCGUCCAGAACAGUAGCAAUAAGGAAGGAGAUUAAUGGCAUUAGACAGCUGCAAGGAGAGAAUUUAUAUGAGUACUGGGAGAGGUUCAACAAGCUGUGUUCGACCUGCCCAAACCAUCAGAUAAAUGAGCAGCUUUUGAUUCAAUAUUUCUAUGAAGGAUUGAUGCCUAUGGAGCGCAGUAUGAUUGAUGCAGCCAGUGGAGGUGCUUUGAUGGACAAGACUUUAGCAGCUGCAAGAUAUUUGAUCUCCAACAUGGCAAAAAAUUCUCAGCAAUUCAGUUCCAGAAAUCUUACCACUAGAGUUGUACAUGAGGCAUCCAUAAGCAGUGUUGCUGCAGUUGAUAACCAAAGGCUGGAAAACAAGCUUACAGAACUGACUUCUUUGGUGAGGCAAUUAGCCAUGGGCCAGGCAAUUCCACAGAUCCAGCAAACGUGUGGCAUUCGUGCAGGUGACCAUUAUACUGAUUCUUGUCCUCAGCUGCAGGAGACAGCCCAACCUUCUCAUUUGGUAGCAGGCAUACACCUUCCUCACCAGAGUCAUCAGCAGCAACCUCAGCAAUAUAACCCUUUCUCCCCUACAUACAAUCCAGGGUGGAGAAGUCAUCCCAAUCUGAGGUAUGGUCCACCAGCACCAUAG